AGGAGACGACGUCAUCGGGUUACAGGAGACGACGUCAUCAGGUCACAUUAGCCUCCGCAGCCUCUGACUGAUUAAAGGUAACUAAGAAGACGUUCACACCUGAGACACACGAACUAUUCACCGGCUAAUGCUCCAAAAGAUGCCCGGUCAAGAUGGCGGCCUGAAACCUAGAAAGAGGAAGAACAACUCUGAGCACAAGAGCUCCAGCAGAAAGGCUUCUGCAACAAGGAGGAAAUGUCUGAAAAGUCCAAAGACGCACUCAACAGCAGCAGCAGCAGCAGCAGCAGCAGCAGCAGCAGCAGCAGCAGCAGCAGAGAGCGCGUCAGUGGUUUUUGGUCACAGUAAAGCAGAGAGUCCUCAGGAGAGACUCUCCCUCAUCAGCUGUGAAUGCAUGCUGACUGCAGGCCGCCAGAGAUGCCUGGCCUCGCCGGAGCUCGAGGGGCAGGAGGGCAAAGAGAACGAGCUGAGGACUGCGCUGGAUACGGACAACUGCAGAAUGGACAGUACCUGUGACAAACAGGAGUCUGAGGACAUGGACUGUGACGAGCCCGUCAGGAACAUGUUCCCAGAUGACGACAGUAAUCAGAUUCUUCCUGUGGAGCAGUUCUUCGGGAACUUGGAUGCUGUACAGGACUUCCCUCAGAGAUCGUCAGAGUCCUCUGCCCACGCUCAGAGGAAGAACAGGAGGAGACAAUACUACGCACUAGAAGACAGUGAUGAAGAGGAGGUGGACUUCAGCAGCAUACAGCAAGAAGACAGAGGGGGCCAUCAGUGACAAAGAGCUGCUCUGACUGUAGUGGACUCAAAGUCUGGUCUGUGGAAGGACAUUAAACCCCUCAAACCUAGGAGAGGUCAGCCAAAUUCAAACACCUUCUCAGAGGGUGAAAUCCACCAGCCCUGAAAUCAGAGCACAGUCUGGAUAAACCCUGCACUGUGACGCUGAUCAGUCACUGCUUAUGAAGUCGCAGACUGCACAGUGGGGGGGGGAGUGAACGUGGACUUUCAGAGCGACAUUAUUACAGCGUAUUGACCCCACAUUAGUUUAUAGUAGCUCACCAUGUGUGAGGUGUGUUUUGUUGCACUCCAAAUCCCAAGCUUGGAAGCUCUUAAGUUCACCACAAGUAUUAACAGCAUGUCUGUUAGCAGUUUGAGGAGGACUCCCUGAAUACCAAAAAUCCUGUGUUGUGUCCACCCUGUAAAGCCUGAUUUAUACUUCUGCAUCUCCCCUACGCAGCAGUGGUCAAAGCGGACAUGAGCACCAUGUUGGCGUUGAUGUGUCCGUGACGUUUAGCAAUUCUCCACCGAACCGCUUGAGGGCAGUGUGGUCUCUCUUACUCCUUUUCGAGCGAGGUAGUUUCAGGGCGGGUUCAGAGCAGGCGCUCAAUUGAGAACCGUUUUUUCGUGUUUGUACUGUGAGUGAACCGGCUCCUGGACAGGAAAACCGGUUCCAGAGCGGCUCCAACUCUUUGUUGGUCUAGAACUGCAAACCGCUUACGUCAGGUGCGAGGGGCGGGGUCGCCGUGAUCAAAAACACAAACCAAUCGUGUUUCCUCCAUCGUCCUGCAGUAAAACAUAAGAGACUAAUGGAUUCAAAGCAAAGCAGUGGUCCGCCGAGGAGACAAGCUGCCUCUGUCCUCCAUCAUUGUUGUUGUUGUGAGGGAAAGUUCGUGUUAGCAUUGCUGGGAAAAGCGGUCAUGUAAAUCUGACGUCAUGACAUACCUCUUCCACAGACUCGAGCGGGCAGAAAAACAAACGGGUGCUGUGUUGGUUGGCGAGUUCAUCCAGUGGAAAUACAACCCGGUUCACAUAUGUCGAAAUAGGUAUCUGAUAGUCCGGUCGCCUGCUUCUGGUCCCACAAUGAUCUCUGUUUCCUUUUCCACAAAGAUUCAGAGCGUGUUCUGUUAAUCUACAGCUGAUACAUGUUGCUGUUUAUCAUACAGACAUGAUUACAUGAAGAAUAGAGAGGAGGAGAUGAAAUACACGGCCGAUGAGCGAGGAUCCCUGAAGUGCUGUAAAUGCAGGAAACACAAUGCCUCCGAGAGGACCAAUCACAGGGCUUGUGGUCCGUGUCAAUUCUACGCGUAGUUACAUUUUGGAGGAGGUGUGCUCGAUUUGACGCAGAAGUAUAAAUCAGGCUGUACAUGUCAUCAUUCUGAACAGCUGUUUGACAUUAUUCAACACAGCUGCAGUAAUGGGACUGAAACAGACACCAAUGAGGAGCAUGUGUCGUAAUGAUUUAAUAUCUGUGGUUUAAUUCUGCCCACAGCGUCCCCCUGGUUCACUUACCUUUGGGCUUAUCUAGAGGGUGUGUUUGCAAAGCACUUUAUUGAAACGAAGUCCGUCCACAACACAUGACGCUUCAUUAUUCGAGUGCAGGGUGUGAUCAGCCUUGAGGGAUGCCAAAUAGAGCAGGAUCAAAAUAAGAGACUUUAAAAGUUUAUUUUUUCACAUGUCUAAAAGAACAUUCAAAUGAGAGAUGCAAACAUUAAAUAUAGAUUAAAGUAUAGUGAGAGAUUUAAUGUCCUGGUUUCAGACAGCGUGAGGAAGGAGGGUGGAGCAGUCCUGUAAUGAGACCUUCCUACAGCAGUAAUUCAGCAGGUCAGACGAAUGAAUCAAACUUGUUUCAAUGGCAGCUGGUUAGAACUCAACACAUUUGUAUAUUUACAUACAAAUCAAUGCAGCUAAUCAUUUCCCCUGAUGAUCCUUCCAUUUGUUUCAUACUUGUAAACAUUACAAACAUACAGAAACAUGUAUCAAAAAUCAUGGGCUAAAAACAGAGACGUCUUCAGUGUGUAAGAAACUAAAGCUGGCUGGAGCUCAGCCUUGGAGGUCAAAGUGAUUGCACUAGUACUGUUCACAGUUUUGGUAUUUUGUAUAUAACAGAUUGUUCUAACCACCCAAUCAAAUGUUUUGUAUAUUUUUACUGCCUUAUUUAUGCAAAAUGCUUUUCAUAUUCGCCUAUGCAAUGUUGUGCCUCAUAUAUAACGCAGUCAUUGUGUAAUCAGCUCAUGCAGUUUACAUCGUUGUGCCAACAGAGGAAAAUAAAUGUUUUUCAUGAUUUCA